AUGAAAGGCAUUUUUGAACUUUUAUUACCAUUAAUUAAAUUUAAGCCAUCCAAAUAUCUGCAAUCUUAUUUUGAUUGUCAACGAUUAGCAAGAGACAAUCAACAACAAUUUCAAAGAAAAAUACAUGAUCCAAUUCGGUUGCUGAAUUUAUUGAUGAUUUGGUUAAUAAUACGUAAUACUUAUAUCGCUAUACAUUGUUAUUAUAUACAAGAUCCAUUAUGGAAAGAUAUCGACUAUGAUUUAUUAAAAAAGACUGGAUUCGAAUAUUAUGUAAUCAUAUUCAUCAAUGCAUUACUAAUACAAAAUACUAUAUUUUUAAAUAUGUUAUAUUUGGGCAAUCCCACCGCUGAAACAUUGGAUCAUGUAUUAAUGUUGCGAGAAAAUAAAUUAUUUUAUCCUCCAUAUAGAUAUCAGCAUCAUUUUGCUUCCGAUUUUGUCUGUUUAUGCGUGAAAAUUUAUCUAUAUAUAAUGGGUUUUUUGAAAAUAUCUCUUGUUGGGAUUCGUGAACAAAAUCAAAAAAUUUUCCGACAAUUUGUUCGUGAUCCAUUACGUAUGAUGUUCAUAAUCAUGGGUUUUUUUGCGUUACGUUUGAUAUAUUUUGCAUAUAGUGCCGAACAUUCAAAUGAUUUAAUAUGGAUCAUUUUGAAUGGAAAUAUAAUUCGUCAGAAUGGUCUGGACAAUUAUGCCAAUCUAUUUGUUGCAUUAUUGACAAUUCAAUCAAUAAUAUAUCUUAAUAUGCUUUAUUAUAAUAAUCCAAAUACCGAUCUCUUGGAUCGUGUACUGAUACGUAAACAGAAACGAGUAUUUUUUCGACCUUAUCAUUAUAGGAAAUAUUCGGCAGUCGAUUUCGUUGAAUUUACGAUGAAAACUUGGUUACAUUUAAUAUAUUAUUUUAUCAUUUACAUUGAUUUCUGUGUGAUUGCAUUUUUCUUAACUGCUUUUCGAUUUAUCGUUCAGCAUUGGAGUAAAUUCUUUAACCAAGGAUUUAUAAUGAUGGCUACAACAGCUAUGGCAUUUAUGGUCAUAUUAACAGUAUUAUGUUGGCAAACCAGACAAUUUCUAUUCAAUAAUGAUAGCGGACAGUUAUCCAACUAUAUUUGGCAUACAUUAUCACGAUUUCAAACUUGUCAUACAAAAAAUUUAAAACGUUUCGGUCUUGGCUCCAUAUAUAGUCGAGCAUUAUUGAUAUUUUUGGCAAUCAAUAUUCCAUUUAAUUGUUAUCAAUUAAUAUUUUUGACAUACCGUACAGAGAAUUGGAUAAUAAGAUAUUUUUAUGGUUCUAUCUGGUUUGAGCAAGUAAUUUGCAUCUUUGGCAUACAUCUAAUGUUUGCCGUCUGUAACAAUAGUUUUCAAAUAUCAAGCAAACGAUUCGUUUCAUUGUUAGCCAUCAAUCAUAAAAAAAAUCAUCAAAUCAAUAUUAACCGACGAUUAAAGAUUACAAAUUAUGGAGAAACUUUUCAUACUAAAAAUAAAUAUGGUCUCACUUAUGGUAAUGUUGAAUUAGUUUCUAUGAUGGAAUUUGUCAAGUAUUCGUUGCUAUAUUCACAAGCAUUGAUGUUCAUCUAUGCACGAAUGAUUGAUCGUCGAUCAUAUAUAAACUCCCUACGUCAUGCAUAUUUUGCUAUACGUUGUUAUCAUAUACACGAUCCAUUAUGGGUAGUAAUCAACAGCGAUUUGAUGGUUGAAAAUGAAUUCGAUAAUUGGGCUAAUAUAUUCAUUACUGCAUUAAUAAUACAAACCACUUUAUAUCUGAAUAUGUUAUACUUGAACAAUCCAACCACUACCAUAUUGGAUCAUAUAUUGAUUAACCGAGAGAAUAAAUUAUUCUAUUAUCCGUAUCAAUAUCGUCAUUAUUUUGCUGUCGAUUUUAUCGGUUUUAAGAUGAAAAUUUGGUUAUAUUCAAUGUAUCUUUUCAAGAUAAAUGUCGAUUUAUAUAUCAUUGGAUUGAGUAAAACUGCUAUCGAAUAUAUUUGGAAUAAUCAGAAUUCCUUUUUUGGCCUAGGAACCCUCGGUUACAUCCGAUUGAUUCAAUGUCUAAUUCAUCGUUUUAUACUUUUCAUUGGCAUCUAUGUUUAUGGUCAUGUCAAUAUAUUGAUGGCCACUGUUGGUAUCGCUUAUCUCAUUGUUGUGUAUGUAUUCUUUUGGCAAACCGAUCAAAUUAUCAAGCGUGGUAAAAAACGAAGGGUUAUGUGGCGAAUGUUGAAAUAUUUUCACAUACGUCAUACAAAAAAUCUUGAACGAAUUCAGACGGGUAAUGUUUAUUCGAAAGCUUCAAUNUAUAUUGAUGGCCACUGUUGGUAUCGCUUAUCUCAUUGUUGUGUAUGUAUUCUUUUGGCAAACGGAUCAAAUUAUCAAUCGUGGUAA